AUGACUGAUCUUGUCGAGCGUGGCAAGGCGAUGGCUGCUGGCGUCAUGUCAAUUUUCAUUUUAAUUACCGCAGUCGCCGACAUGAUAUGUGGAGCGAUUUAUGCUUUGAUAGGAGGGAUACAUGGAUCUGGACUUUGGACAGGAUUCGGGGUAUGGCAUCUAUUCAUGUGUGUCUUGAUUAUCAAAUAAAAAGGAAUUGUAAAACGUCAAUUGAAAUUGGUAAACAAAAAUAACGGUUUGAAUCUGCUUUACGUUUUCAAUACUGGACGCCAGUUAACCCCAAUAAUGAUGUUUUUUAAUCUAAAAUUGUUCAUACAAAGAGUUAAAUGUACAUUCAUCCCAACUUUCAUUGAUCAGAGGGGGUGGCAGGGCUGAAAUAAAGUUAAGAAGUAGCUAGUCUCUCAAUACAUUUUCCUAAAUUUUGCCAUGUUAAAGACCGUGUGAAAACUUUUCUCAGGAAAACUACAACGGAAAACGUUGGUUACAUAAAGAAUUCUCGUCUAUUUUGAACCAUACGAGAAAAAUAUCAAAAAUAUACAGUUACUGCUUAUGUAAUUCUACGUUCAGUUCAACGAAUUUAUGUUUAACGUAGCUCAGUUAGUUCUAUUAUACUUUGCCGCAACGUCACCAUUUCAACUCACAUAACAUUAUUAGUGAAGCUGUAUUGACAUAUUUUUCUCUUUUGUUCAGUUACUACUUUGUGCAGUGUUUGGUCUCCUAACGUGGCUGAGAAGAAGCAAAACAGCUGUGAGUGAUUUAGAGUAGAUUAAAAAAAAACUUAUUUACCGUUCAGAGAUGCAACAGGAAAAAACCUGCUUAUUGAAGCCGCUUCGAAAUUUUUCUUUAUUUUAUCUUAUGAAGAGGUUAUAAACUGAGCUCAGUUUAUAACAUAGUCUUGAUCUCUGUCAUGUUUGCUGUUUUCCUUUUCUCUGUUUUGAGUGAGUGUUUAGCUGAAAAAAAAAAGUGCGGAGAAUCGUUUUAAUGCAAAUGUUCUGUGGUCGGGGAAGGAUUACAAUUUGUCUGAAACAGUUACAAGAGACCCUAUAUCAAAGAGAAAUUUUCCUGGGAAAAAAAAAGAAACUAAAAAAACCACAAGGUUUUCAAUGACGUUGGAUUAACCAGUCUUACAACUUUGAACAACUUUAAGGGUUCUUUCAAUCUUCUUUACCUUGGCAUCGAAACAUUUGACGGGAGCUUACAUGAUAUACUGUCCCUAUGCAAUUUGAUUGGCUGAUGAAUCUGGCUUUUUCUUCACGCUGAGAUGCCAUUUAAAAAUAAAAUGGGGCGAUCACGGGCAAAUAAAUGAUACUGCUGAGAGUUAAUACAAGCAAUAAGUUCUCUGAUAAUCGCUGUGGAAAGAAAGAGGGAGUUAUGUGUUACUCGUUACUUUUUGCAGAUGGCGUUCUUCCUUGUCCUAGACAUCCUGUGGUUUGUUGUGUGUGCGGCUGGGACCGGAGUCUCAUUUGGGCUUCUUACCUUACUCACCAUUCUAAAAGGGUUGAUGGAAGAACACUGCAGCUUGAAUGCGGAGGGAACAUGCCACUGCAGUGGAGAAUAUGAUGUCCCAAUGAACAGUAAGCUUCUAAUACAUAAUGUCCGACGAGCAUUCGCGUCUUUUUUAGGGAGGUUGCCCUAGGGUGGCUUCCUGUGAGUGGAGGAUGUACAAAAUAGGUUUCAUGUAAUUUCAAUUUGAGCAACAAGUAUAACGUGAAGUUUUCAAAUCGAUCGCUUUUAUCUGAUCUGAAUCUACGCCUUCCUCGCUGCAUACUGUAAGGUGUAGCCUUCUCAAUUUAAUAUUUUGUUCAUUAACCCAAAUGAUUUUUUUUUGCUUAUUUCUUCCAUCUUGAGAGAAAUUUGCGCAUCGAAGAGAAAUACUCAAAAACUUUUGACACUAUUUAAGCGAAGAGCCAAUAAGCCAACCAAAUUGAAAGGUUGACGUUACAGCAAACAACACUUCGACGAGCUAGUAUGUCGACGGACAUUACGGCUCCUUUUAUGGCCAGUGCUGUUAUUAAAAAAUAAAAUACAUCAGACCCUAUAUGCAAUGGUAAAUGUAUUGAAAUAACUGAUUAACCUUAUUCUACCAUUCUUGCAAUUCAAUUUUCAGUGGAUGACUGCGACAAAGUAACAGUAGCCCAGCGCUGUAUGUUUGCUAUCUUCGUGUUGGACGGCAUCGGAGCCCUCCUUGCGCUGGGUGGUUCUAUCAUUGGUUGCAUGGGAGUCUGUUGCACUGGACAAGUCGUGAGUGACAUGUUUCCUAGACAGUUGUACAGUUGUUUCUUGGGAUGUCAAACCCCCCCCUCCCCCCAUAACCACCCCCCUCCCCUCCUCACUCAUUCAAAAGAGAAACUUUUUGUGGUGAGGACUGGAGUAGGAUUUACAUUGCGUGACAUUUCAAGAACGGCUUCUUUGACAUUCUAUGACCGUUGGUUACGAAAGCUCUUUGUAUAACGUCGUUCUCUGUCAACAGACGAAUUUGAUAAUUUUUUCUCUGAUGUUUGUUUUUUUUGUUUUUAUCAGGCGACUACAGUUGUUGUUGUGGAGCCCUCUGGAGUGACGACGCAGAAAAUGAACCAAGGUGCACCUCCCCCGGAAUAUCCUUCGAUCCCUCGCUAUAAAUAG